UCACACUUAUCGCGGUAAAAUUUUGACGCGGAAUUAAAAGCAGAGGACGCCAGGAAUCGGUUAACCGCAUUGCAUUAAAAUGUACGUGAAGAAGCUUGUCCUCGAUGGCUUCAAAUCUUACGGCCGGCGUACAGAAAUUGAGGGAUUCGAUCCGGAGUUUACGGCCAUCACGGGGUUGAACGGCUCCGGCAAAUCGAACAUCUUGGACAGCAUCUGUUUUGUGCUGGGAAUCAGUAAUCUGCAGAAUGUGCGCGCUUCGGCUCUUCAAGAUUUGGUCUACAAAAACGGACAGGCGGGCAUCACCAAGGCCACUGUAACCAUUGUCUUCGACAACACAAAUGCCGCACAGUGCCCGCAGGGCUACGAGAAGUGCCGGGAGAUCUCUGUGGCCCGCCAGGUGGUCGUCGGGGGCAAGAACAAGUUCCUCAUCAAUGGCAAAUUGGUGCAGAACAAAAAAGUGCAGGACUUUUUCUGUUCGAUUCAGUUGAACGUCAACAAUCCAAACUUCUUAAUCAUGCAGGGCAAAAUCCAGCAAGUUCUGAACAUGAAGCCCAAAGAGGUUCUUUCCAUGGUGGAGGAGGCAGCUGGAACCAGUCAGUACAAAACAAAGCGAGAUGCCACCAAAACCCUUAUUGAAAAAAAGGAGACUAGAGUGCGGGAGACCAAGGUCUUGCUCGACGAGGAGGUGCUGCCCAAGCUGGUAAAACUUCGCCAAGAGCGAUCUGCCUAUCAGGAAUAUCAGAAGAUCUGCCGCGACAUCGACUUCCUGAUCAGAAUCCACAUUUCCGCAAAGUAUCUCAAGCAAUGCGAAACCCUGAAAACGGUGGAGGCCAAUGAGCAGAAAAUUGAGGAUCGUAUAGCCAAUUGUAAGGCCACACAUACAAAGAAUCUUGAAGAUGUCGAGAACAUCGAUAGCUCCGUAAAGGAGAUGCAGCAGCAGAUCGAUGCAGAGAUGGGUGGCUCCAUUAAGGAUCUGGAAACACAGCUAAACGCGAAGCGGGCACUGGAGGCCACUGCCUCGGGUAGCUUAAAGGCCGCCCAGGGAACGAUUCAGCAGGACGAGAAGAAGAUUCGCAUGGCCUCCAAAAAUAUUGAUGAUGAUGUACGUGCCCUGACCAAAAAACAGGAGGACAUGGCCAAGGUUCAAGACGAGUUCGAAAGCCUAAAAGAAGCAGACGCCACGGACUCCAAGGCGUACGAGGAUGCUCAAAAAAAACUGGAGGCUGUCUCCCAGGGAUUGUCCACUAACGAGGACGGUCAGGCCUCUACACUACAAGAACAGUUGAUGGUGGCAAAGGAACAGUUCAGUGAGGCACAGACCACUAUUAAGACCUCAGAUAUGGAGCUGCGUCAUACGCGCGGUGUCUUAAAUCAGAGGGAAGGAGAGACGCAGAACAACGAUGCCGCCUACAUCAAAGAUAAGAAUCUACAUGACCAGUUGGUGGUGGAGAUCAAGAAUCUGGAACGGCAACUGCAAGGGCUAAAUUAUGAGGGCGGCCAGUUCGAGCAGCUGAAACAGCAUCGAAACGAUCUACACAUGCGCAAACGCGACCUUAAACGAGAACUAGACCGAUGCAAUGCUUCCCGGUAUGAUCUGCAGUACCAGGACCCAGAGCCCAACUUUGAGCGGCGCAAGGUGCGCGGCAUGGUGGGCAAGUUGUUCCAGGUGAACGACAUGCAAAACUCCAUGGCCCUUGUUACAACGGCCGGAGGAAAUUUAUACAGUUAUGUGACGGAUGACGAUGUGACCAGCAAAAAAAUCCUGCAGAGAGGCAACCUCCAGCGCCGUGUUACAUUUAUUCCCAUCAACAAGAUUCAGUCCGGCUCGCUAAGUAGAAAUGUCGUGGAAUACGCUCAGAACAAAGUUGGUGCCGAAAACGUACAGUGGGCCAUGUCGCUGAUUAACUACGAUCGCUAUUAUGAGCCAGUGAUGAAGUAUUGUUUUGGUGGAACUCUUAUCUGUAGGGAUCUUGAUAUAGCAAAACAAAUUAGCUACGAUCCGCGUAUUAAUUGUCGUUCUGUGACUUUGGAAGGAGAUGUUGUUGAUCCCCAUGGCACUGUAUCUGGAGGUGCCGCUCCCAAGGGUGCUAAUGUCCUGGAGGAAUUGUAUUCCAUCAAGAAAAUAGAAAGGGAGUACAGGGAGAUUGACUCCAAGAUCUCGCAAGUUGAACAGGAAAUGGCAUCUAUUGAAAACCUGGCUCACUCGUUCAACAAGAUGAAAGAGAACCUAGAACUACGCCAGCACGAGCUUACCAUGUGCCAGAGCAGGUUGGCACAAACGACCUUUCAACAAAACCAGGCCGAAAUAGAAGAGAUGAAGGAAAGAGUCAAGACAUUAGAGCAGCAAAGUAUAGACGCCCGGGAGAAACAGAAGACAUCGCAGGCCAAGAUCAAGGAUAUCGAGGCCAAAUUGGCUGACGCCAAGGGCUAUCGCGAACGGGAGCUUAAAGCGGCCACCAGCGAAGUUAAGGCUACCAAGCAGAGAGCGGAAAAAUCCCGCGCAAACUGGAAGAAGCGAGAGCAAGAGUUCGAAACUCUCCAGCUGGAGAUCACUGAGCUGCAGAAAACUAUUGAAACAGCAAAGCAGCAGCAUCAGGAUAUGAUUGAUAACUUGGAAAAGUUCAAGGCUGAGCUGGACGCCCUAAAAGCGAACAGCUCUAGUGCUGCCUCCGAGGUAACAGAGUUGGAACAGGCCAUAAAGAUGCAAAAGGACAAAUUAAACGCCCAGAACAAGGAGAUGCGGAAUAUGCUGGUCAAGAAGGACAAAAUGCUGAAGCAGAAUCAGGAGAUUGAGCUAGAAGUGAAGAAGAAAGAAAAUGAGCAGAAAAAGAUCAGUACGGAGGCCACGGAGGCAAAGAAACGUAUGGAAGCCCUCGAGACGAAAUAUCCUUGGAUCCCAGAAGAGAAAAAUUGCUUUGGCAUGAAGAACACACGGUACGAUUACAGCAAGGAGGAUCCCCACGAGGCAGGCAAUAAGCUGGCGAAGAUGCAGGAAAAGAAAGACAAAAUGGAGCGCACGCUCAACAUGAACGCCAUCAUGGUUCUUGAUCGUGAGGAGGAGAACUUUAAGGAGACCGAACGCCGCCGAAACAUUGUGGCGAUGGACAAGGAGAAGAUAAAAAAAAUCAUUGUGAAGAUGGACGAGGAGGAGCAGGAUCAGCUGAACCGAGCGGCUACUGAGGUCAACGCGAACUUCAGCGGAAUUUUUAGCUCUCUUCUACCAGGAGCCGAUGCCAAACUCAACCCUGUUCACACCAAUGGCUGCUUGACGGGCUUGGAGAUCAAGGUGGGCUUCAAUGGAAAAUGGAAAGAGAGUCUGGGGGAGCUUUCUGGUGGGCAAAAGUCCCUGGUGGCCUUAUCUCUUGUUCUGGCCAUGCUGAAGUUUUCACCAGCUCCUCUGUACAUUUUGGAUGAGGUGGACGCCGCACUGGAUAUGUCGCACACCCAGAACAUUGGCAGCAUGCUGAAGCAGCACUUCACCAACUCGCAGUUCUUGAUAGUGUCCCUCAAGGAUGGUCUUUUCAAUCAUGCCAACGUAUUGUUCCGCACGCUCUUCGAGGAGGGUGUGUCCACCAUCACCAGGCAGGUCAGCAGGCAGGCGACCACAAACAAACGCUGAUUAUGGAUUCGCAUAAUUUGUUAUUUAUAAGAAAUCUCUAUUCGAUACAUUGUUAUCCUUAAAACUUUUCGUGUAAAUUUGGCGAAAGUUUGUGUGAUUCGAAUAUUUUCUAGAGUAUGUGUAUUCGCUUCAAAGCAUCAACGAAGCACUGAUUUCAUAAUGAAACUUGCAUCAAAUUAUUUUAUGAUUAAACUUUGAAUUUUUGUAUAUAACGGAGUCUUUUUUGGAAAAAAUAUAAA